GUACGCUUAGCCUAAGGUGUAUAUGUUCGGUGUAUCAGCGAUAUAUACAAGGGGGACUCCGACUCUGUUUGGUGGCCAUCGUUCUUCUGUGCCUCGCUCAGUCGGCGGUUUUCUCGUAUGCGGCGGCUCUGACGAUAAAAACACCCUCAAAGAGUCUCAAAUGGCGAUACUGGGUUGCUGCCGGCGCGUUCGCAGACGCUUUGUGCUCCGUCAUUGCCUGCGCCUCGUGUCUGCAAUUUCUUCAUCAUGCUAAUAAGCAUUUUGAAGAAAGUUCGGGGCACAGCGCUGGAAGGAUGCAGCGUCUUGUGUCGAGGGCAGCAGUCCGAUGUAUAUUGGUGUUUUUAUCCGUCUUCGUUCUCCAAGUGCCGCGGGGGGUUUUGAUCAUUUGCUAUCCCACCAGUCCGGCCUUGGACUUUAUAUCCCCGGUACUAGGGCAACUGUAUUAUAUGAUCUACGUCUUAUCCAUCAUACGGAUCAUACGGAGUACUCCACAGGAUCGCAAUGUGGACAUGGACGAUAGGAUUUCUCCGUCACCUGGCUCGGUGGCGUUAAGUUCAAUCCAUUUCGUGCUGCCGAACGAUAUCCCGGAUUCGGAGCUCAUGGAGUCCGUGAAUUUGGAGGGCCGUGCUGAUACCGCCACACCUGGGAAUAGUUCGAUCAAUCUUAUUCCCAUCCGUACUCCAACCAUCUCCGUAAGCCGUGCCUUGCAGAAGCCUACCUCUGAUACCGUCUUAUAAGAAAGAUCCAGAAUACGGCCACAACGGGGUGGUCUUACGCCAGAUCGGCGAAGGCUAAGUGGUAGCCAUAUGGCACUGCUCCCCGUUGAGGGCCAAAUGGAUCCCCUCUUAUACCCUUCGAGUGACGAUGGGAUCACUAC